AUGCUAAAAAUAAGCCCCUUGCCAAACAGUCUGAUUAGAACUCGUUUUGCCCCCAGCCCGACCGGAGAAUUACAUAUUGGUGGAGCCCGAACGGCACUUUUUAAUUAUCUUUUUGCCAAACAAAAUGACGGUCAGUUUAUUCUCCGUAUUGAGGAUACCGACCUAGAAAGAAAUCGAGAAAUAUUUGUUAAUAAUUUAUAUGAGGAUUUACUAUGGCUGGGAUUAAAGCCUGAUGAAUCGAUUUUUCAAACCGGCCAACAUGGUCCUUAUCGGCAAACGCAAAGAUUGGAUGUUUAUCGGAAAUAUAUUGAAAAGUUAUUAGCCGAAAAAAAGGUCUAUUAUUGCUUUUGUUCUCCGGAGGAAUUAACCCGGGAAAGAGAAAGAUUCAGCCAAGAAACUAAACGAAGCAAUUAUCGAUAUUCCCGGAAGUGCUUACAAUUAAGCGAAAAAGAAAUCCAGUCCUUUCUCCACCAAAAAAAGCCGUAUGUUGUGCGCUUAAAAAUCCCCUCCGCUAAAAAUUACUCUUUUACUGAUUUAGUGCGAGGGGAAGUUAAUUUUCGGAGCCAAGACAUUGAAGAUUUUGUGCUUCUUCGCCAAAAUGGCAUUCCUAAUUUCAAUUUUGCGUGUGUGGUUGACGACCGCUUAAUGAAAAUUAGCCACGUUUUACGAGGCGAGGAGCAUUUAUCCAAUACUGGCAAGCAAUUAGUCUUAUACGAAGCCCUGGGAUGA